AGUUUGGAGACGACGCUAACCUUCCAGAAGACACUGCGGUUGGACUCAUCGCCUCAGACUGGUGUCAUUUAACGCUGUUUGCGGGGGAUGGUGCUUUAUGACGAGCAGUCUGCACGGAGAGACCCAGCAUAACGGCGCACAGCUGACGGGGUAAACAAACGGUCGCAUGUUGUGUGUCAGAGUCUCUUGAGGUGGCGACCAGCGCACCGCUGCAGGAGUUUGGGGAGAGGCGCACAUCCGAGUUUAACGCAGGUGGGCCAGAGGUGUGCGAUGGCACCGCGCUGCUCCUCAUCCAUCGGCCGGAGCGAAGGAGGAGGAUAGCCUCCAGCGUCACGUCGGAGAGGAGACGUACGUUGUUCGGGAAGAGGCUGUUUUACCGCACAUCACAUUGAGCUGCAUCCAGCUCUCCCGGUGCCACCGCAGGGUUAGUCGGCCCGAGCUACUGUUGUUGUUUUCCGCUGCAGACAUGUCCUUUACAAUGGAGGACAGUGUGGAGUCGGGAUGGGUGGCCGUCCGGCCGAAUGCGUUUGAGGAGAGGGAAAAGCAUAAAUUUGUUUUUAUCGUUGCCUGGAAUGAAGUGGAGGGUAAAUUUGCCAUUACGUGUCACAACAGGACGGCGCAGAGGAAAAGCUUUGGCAUAAAGGACCCGGCGGCGCAGGAUGGGGACGAAACAAAAUGGCCCGAAAGUCACGUCAGAGAUAAAGUAUCUCAGAGCCCUAGCAAAGGAGCCAAGGAGGCUGUGGUUAAAGGCUGCAGCACUAAGUCCAAGGCGGUCACAACCACCACAUCUAAUCCUGUCGACAUGAAGGCUGCAGCGUCUCCCGUCAGUCCCGGUGAUCACGAGGUGUUGCGCUCCCUAAGAGGGGACCUCUCGCCCCCCGCGCUGGACAGCCUGGACCUGGAGGAACUGGACCUCCUGAGCAGGGAGGACUGCAGCUGGGCCGGACUCUUCUCCUUCCAGGACCUGCGGUCAAUUCACCAGCAGCUGUGCUCGGUCCACUCGGACCUGGAGCCCUGCCUCCCGGUGUUUCCGGAGGAACCCGCCGGGAUGUGGACGGUGCUGUUCGGCCGAGCCGAAGUACCGGAGACCGAGGUGGAUGAGCUUUGCUACCGUGUACAGUUGUACUUGGGCCACGCGCUCGAUACGUGCGGAUGGAAGAUCCUUUCGCAGGUUCUGUUCACGGAAAACGACGACCCAGAGGAGUACUACGAGAGCCUGAGCGAGCUGAGGCGGUCCGGGUACCAGGAGGCGCUCAGCCGUGCAACCAUACACCUGCAGGAGCUGCUGGAGAAGCACAAGACCGUGGACAGCAUGGUGGAGCUGUUGGAGCUGUAUAAGGAGGAAGACGAGGCCUAUGCAGGGCUGCUGGAGGCCUCCACACAGCUGUACCAGUACCUGCUGCAGCCCUUCAGAGACAUGAGGGAACUAGCAAUGCUCCGCAGACAGCAGAUCAAGAUUUCCAUGGAGAACGACUACUUGGGCCCAAGGAGGAUUGAAGCUCUAAAAAAAGAGGACGUUGACUGGCAGAAGAAAGCUCAAGAAGCAGUCCUCAACAUCCAGGAGUUCACGAUAAAAUACUUUGAGAUCACUGCCAGAGCCCAGAAAGGGGUGUAUGAGCGUAUGAAGGUGGACCAGCGUAAGUUUGGUAAGUCUUCAUGGACGGUGGCGGUGGAGCGCAUGGAGAGGCUCCGCUACUCCGUCGCCAAGGAAACGCUGCAGCUCCAGAGGGCCAGGGAGAUCAGUCUGGAGCAGAGGAAGCGCACACUUCGAGAGGAGAUGCAGAGUCUGUGCAGCAGUAACGACGCCAUGGCCCUCUUAGACCACAUGGAGACGCAGUACUAUGAGCACCAGCUGCAGCUGUACCACAUCCAGGCUGAGAUCCUGCAGUGUGAAGAGCUGCUCCUCACCGCGCAGCUGGACAGCAUCCGCAGACAGAUGUCAGAAUUUCAGGAUGAGUUGGUGUACUAUGACACCUUUGAAAGUGCAGACGACAUAAAAGAGGACAACGCUGCCGAGAGAGAAGAGCUGCGCAGACUUCAGGUCAGCGCUCGCCAGCUGGAGGCGAGGAGAGGGCGCAUCACGGCCAAGCGCUCCUACCUGAGGAACAAAAGGGAGAUCUGUGUAUCCAACCACACUCAGAAACAGCAGACACGGCAAACCGUCCACAAGGACUCCAGACCCCACCAGCUGAAAUACGAAGAAGAGGAAGACGAGGACAAAAAGAAUCGCAGAGCUGGUCAGGAGAGGCAGAGGACUCUAGACCGACUACGCACUUUCAAGCAGCGGUACCCGGGUCAGGUGAUCCUGAAGUCCAUUCGACUACGUGUGGCCCACACCAGAAGAAGAGAGCGUGGAAGGAGCAUGGACGGCAGCAGUGUGAGCGAGAGGGAGGGGCCGGGCCCCCUGCGGUGCCUCAGUACCAGUGUGCAGACGGACCCCAGCUCCACGCUCACCACUCAGCCCGUCACUCUCCUCACAGCAUCCCGUCCUCCCGUGCCUGCGCCCGGUCCUGCAGACUCCUCCUGCUCUUCCUGCUCCCUGUCCUCGCUACUGGCGUCCCCGAUAUACUGUCCUCCUCCCCCUCCCCCUCCCCCUCCCCCUCUCCUGCCAAUUAAGGAAGAGCUCCUGCCUUCGCGGAAGGUUGAGGAAAAGAAUUCGGCAGAGGAAUUCCCCUUCUCCCCCCUCGGUCCAUUCAUCCCUCGCUUCUUUGACAGUAGCCAACUGUUGAACGCCCGGAAAAAGCUGAGGAAGACUCCAGAGUCUGACUCUCACAGCAGAAGAGUGAGCUUGCCCAUGGACGAGGUGCUGGCCUCCCUGAAGAGAGGCAGCUACCACCUGAAGAGGGUGGACCAGCGGCCUCCGCUGCACUCCACGGACGACGACGAAUCCUGCAGCAUCCUGGCUCAGAUCCGAAAGGGGGUCAAACUGAGGCGUGUCCCCAAGAACGAAAGAAAAGACAACGGAGAGCUGCCGGUCUCCACCGACCCGCUGACCAGGAGCAUCUACGAGGCGCUGCGCCGCAUCAAGGAGGCCUCGCCGGAUUCAGACUCCGACGACGACGACGGGCUGGACGCCCAUGACUGGGAAAGCUAGGGUUCAACUCUCAGAAGCAACAACUCAUACGUACAGCGAUGCCUGCAGCCUCUGGCUGCUGCAUACACUGUACUGUGAAGGUCUGCGUUGUACUGCACACACACACACACACACACACCAGUCCCACGAUGCCAUUGCCCGAGUCAUACUGAAUAUCACCAACGGCUCCAAAGGUCUCUGGUCAACCUGUUCAUCGUUUUUUACACUACAUUCACCACCAUGGAGGACAUCACUCAUGUUUGUAUUCAUACUGUAUGUUACUGUGGUUUAAUUCCUAUAUUCAGAUUGUGUUGUUGAAGCUCUGCAUGUUGUGGCUGUUAAUAUUCAGAAACAGCACAUAACACAUUUAUGACUGACAGAUAUUCGGGAAACUGAAAACCUCAGACAAAAAGCUAUUUGCGUGUGAGAUAUGUGAUGUAUUCCCCACUAAAACAUAAGCGUGAGAUAACUUUAACUAUAACCUAAAUAUGUGAGGGGUAUGGUUAAUAAUUUGGGGUCAUGUGGGAGAUUGAAAAUCAAAGAGGAUCGUUUUGAUAUUCGAACUGGAUUUAAUGUUCGGAUUUAAACCAUCACACAACCUGCUGCAGCUCUCCUCCAUCGUCACCCGACCGGUGUAACAGAACCACACGACUGCCCGGUUCUGUCCAACCACGUGUGGGUGUGUGAGGGUACAACUGGACCACUGCUAAUCUAAUCUGACACUGCACCAAGACUGUAAAUCCUUUAGUCUGUCAUCCACACCCGUGCCCCUCCCCCUCCCCGCUCUUCGUCUUCUGGCGACCUUCACGGCCCCGAACGGAAAACAUAUCAACCCAUCUGUUCCACCGCAACAUAAGGCCAGGCUGGUGGGAGGCAUGGAGUCACAGUAGGUUCAUCAUUUGGUAACCGAGAGUGGGAGAGGAGGAGAUAGAUGGAAGGGUCACAUGCAGAGUUUCUUCACCGUGGUUCAUGUCGGCCAUCUUGGUAAAGUGUGGGCACACUUGGUUGGUGAUUCCCAAACUUAGUGUGUGGGAGGGUCCCGGAGGAGGAACCGUUCCCUCUCAUGUGAGAGGCGGAUG